UUUUGAAUGACGGCAGAGGCAGAGCGGUGGCAUGUUCAUUAAGGGCCGGGCUGCGAAGGCGCCCGGAGGAGAGCUGCGGCGCUCCUCCCGCGGCCGGCAGAAGCUGGCAGCCGUAGCUCCGCCUCCAGCUUUGGGCUCCACCUCCCGGCCUCACUUCCGCCGGGAGACCGUCGCUCGGCGCUGCUGCCGUAAGUCAGGUCGGCGGCUUGCCGCAUCACGGAAGAUGGCGGCCACGGCGGCUACGGUGAACGGGUCGACCAGCGUCCCGAGCGCGGGGCCCGCGGCCACCUCGGGCGGGAUCCUACAGGCAGCGGCCGGCAUGUACGAGCAACUCAAGGAUGAGUGGAACCGGAAGAGCCCGAAUCUUAGUAAAUGUGGGGAAGAGCUGGGCCGCCUGAAGUUGGUUCUCCUGGAGCUCAAUUUCCUGCCAACCACGGGGACCAAACUGACGAAGCAGCAGCUCAUUCUGGCCCGGGACAUUCUGGAGAUUGGGGCCCAGUGGAGCAUCCUAUGCAAGGACAUUCCCUCCUUCGAGCGCUACAUGGCCCAGCUCAAAUGCUACUACUUUGAUUACAAGGAACAGCUUCCUGAGUCAGCCUACAUGCACCAGCUCCUGGGCCUCAACCUCCUCUUCCUGCUGUCUCAGAACCGAGUGGCAGAGUUCCACACAGAAUUAGAACGAUUGCCUGCCAAGGACAUCCAGACCAACGUCUACAUCAAACACCCUGUGUCCCUUGAGCAAUACCUCAUGGAAGGUAGCUACAACAAGGUGUUCCUGGCGAAGGGGAACAUCCCUGCUGAAAGCUAUACCUUCUUCAUUGACAUCCUGUUGGAUACUAUCAGGGAUGAAAUCGCAGGAUGCAUUGAGAAGGCCUAUGAGAAAAUCCUGUUUGCUGAGGCUACCCGGAUCCUCUUCUUCAGCACACCCAAAAAGAUGACAGACUAUGCCAAGAAGCGAGGUUGGGUGCUGGGCCCUAACAACUACUACAGCUUUGCCAGCCAGCAGCAGAAGCCAGAAGACAGCACCAUCCCCUCUACUGAACUGGCCAAACAGGUCAUCGAGUAUGCCCGGCAGCUGGAGAUGAUUGUCUGAGCCUCGGCCAGGGCAGUUGAUAUGGCUAGUCCAACAAACCCAGUAUAAGCUGGCCUUCAAUAAAGGCAGAUUAACCUCUUAUGGGCCCUGGUCUCCCCAGUGGAUGGCGGAGAUAAUUGCUCCUGGAGAAUUUGGGAGUUUGGGGGGGCCUUUGGGCUCCCUGGGUGAGUUGCCAUUCAUUGCUCUGGGUUUUAAGCAUAGAUGCCCAGUGGCCCACAGGAGAGCACAGGCCCAGAUUGAGGGACUCUUCUAGCCAGCUGUGGAUGCACUUUUGGUACUGGGCCAGGGGACUAGAUUCCAGUGAAGCACCGUGUGUCUCAGUUUUUAAAAAAUGUUGGCCAUGGAUUAAAUAAUUUUUAAAAAUGA